GCCUCAGAUCAGUUCUCAUCCCCAUCGGAGCCCCGGGUCUGUAUCCUCAGAGUGUCCACGGACGGAGCGGACGGGUCAUCAUGGCGAGUCCUGGGCAGAAAGUGGUCCUGAUCACCGGCUGCUCCUCUGGGAUCGGCCUGAGGAUGGCUGUGAUGCUGGCCAACGAUGAACAGAAGAGAUACCACGUCAUAGCCACAAUGCGUGAUCUGAAACGUAAAGACAAACUGGUGGAAGCAGCUGGGGAUGCAUACGGCAAAACUCUGUCUCUGGCUGUUCUGGACGUCUGCAGCGACGAGUCAGUCAAACAGUGUAUCAAUGGAAUCAAAGACCGACAUGUGGACAUCCUCAUCAACAAUGCAGGUAUUGGCCUGGUGGGUCCACUGGAGAGCAUCCCGAUCGAAGAGAUGAAGAAAGUGUUUGAAACCAAUUUCUUCGGCGUUAUCCGUAUGAUCAAGGAGGUGAUGCCAGAUAUGAAGAAAAGGCGAGGAGGGCACAUCAUCGUGGUCAGCAGUGUCAUGGGAUUGCAAGGAGUGGUGUUUAAUGAUGUGUAUGCAGCUUCUAAGUUCGCCAUGGAGGGUUUCUGUGAGAGUUUAGCUGUGCAGCUUCUGAAGUUUAAUGUCACUUUGUCCAUGAUUGAGCCUGGACCUGUACACACAGAAUUUGAGGCAAAGAUGAUUCAGGAUGUGAGACAGAAGGAGUAUCCUGGGACUGAUCCUGAGACAGUGAAUUAUUUUAAGAAUGUCUACCUUCCUUCUUCCGUUGAUAUCUUUGAAGCACUGGGACAAACGCCUGAUGACAUCGCCAAAUGCACCAAGAAAGUGAUUGAAGCAAACAGUCCACGCUUCCGGAACAUGACCAACCCACUGUAUACACCUAUUGUAGCACUGAAAUAUGCUGAUGAAACUGGAGGUCUGUCUGUUCAUGCUUUCUAUCAUAUGCUCUUCAACCUGGGCCCUCUAAUGCACAUCAGCAUGACUGCUAUGAAGUACCUCACCUUCGGAUGUCUGAGGAGCAGAACGAUUUCACCCAACUAGAAACUCAUACACAAAUGUGAACAGUACAGCCCCUGAGCAUUUAGACCUGAAUAAACACCAUUCGCUACCUCAACCUGUGUAUCAACCUGCAACUCAUAUUGUAAUGAAGCGUCACGACGUCUGUCUUCACUGUUUAGAAUUGUAGCUUACAAAUAUAUAGACACCACAUGAGUCCAUUUGAGGUGAAGAACUCCAAGAAUUGUAAUAUUUGUUUUAGCCCAUACAGAGUGCCAAAUUCAUAGUUUGCUCUUAUGCUCUUAUCUCAUUUCAUUGUAGAUUGGUUAUUUAAUUUUAUAUCAAACAUUUUCAGAUAGCUUUAAAUUUCAGCUUAUUUUACAGAGAACUGUCAGGAAAUUGUGUUUGCACUUACUCAUAUCUUAAAAUACUGUCAAUGUAUAGGAGCAAUUGUAAGUAUUUUGGCAUUAAAAUCAUUGCUUAUUCCUCUAAU